AGAUGAAUUGUGCAGAUUCUUACUGAUAUUUGAGUCUGAUAAUACUUGAAUUGAAAUAUGGGUCUUUUGUGAUCUUGGAUGAAGAAAAUUUUCUAUUUCUGUUUUCAUUGGGAUUUGUUUGAUGUUUGCUAAGAGCUCUAGUAACCUUGCUUUAAUAACACAGGCUAUUUAUGUUGUCCUAAUGGUCAAUACAGGGUAAUCUUUGGUUGGUUUCACUUUUUUUCUGUUUGACAUUUCUUAUGUAUCUUCCAACUUUGGCUAAUUCGGCCAAGUGUAAUUAUUUGGUCCAAUCAGAGUCUAACUGAGGAUUUUUGGCUGCAUAAUCUAGGCCUAGUUUCUUUUCAUUAAAAGAUAUGACAUACCAUUUCAUGCCAUUGCUUUAUUGUGGGAUUUGAGGAUAUGAACAUUUAGAUUGGAUGAGCAUCACCAAAUGGUUUUAGUGUUUUGUUAUGAAAUACCCAACAACUUAUUUAACUAGGAAACAGUCUUUAGUAUGAACUGCAUACUUCCUUUAAACUUACUAAGUAUUUGAAGUUUCUUAUUUGUCAGAUUUUCAUUUGCUAAAUUCUUUAGAUGGAUUUACUGUCUAAGAUUAAGUGUAAAACUUAUGUUGCUUUCUGGGUCACUGCAGGUUUUCAAGUCUUAUGGUCUUGCUUCUCGGCUGUUCUGUGGUUUAUGACUAUGUCUGCUAUGCUUUUUAUUCCUUUGUCUCUAAAAGUUCUUAAAAAAACAAUUAAACAUGUAACCAGUUUCAAAAAAUAUAAACAUGAAAAUUUGAUAAGUACUUUAAGUUUAUAAAACUACUUAUAUGUAUUUAACUUUGUAUGGUUGAAAUAUACAUAUAAAAAAAAACAAUUCAUUCACUAAGGAAACCAAUUACAAACUCAUUAAGCAAAAUAUUCCACUGUUAUCUGCAAAGUAACCAGGUACAAAUGUAACCAGGUACACAUAUAACCAGGUACACAUGUAACCAGAUACAAAAAAAAAUAAAACAGUUUAACAACAAAAAAAAACACAACAAUAACAAUAAAACAAACACAAAACAGAAUUGAACAUUAUGCAAAUUAACUACAAAUCUACAAGAAACCAGAUACACAACCAUAAAAAAAAUAAAACAAACAGAAUACACAUGUAACCAGGUACACAUGUAACCAGGAACACACGUAACCAGGUAAAAAAAAAAAAAAAAGUUUAACAACAAAAAAAAACACAACAACAAUUCACUUAAAUGCAAAAGCCAUCACUAUAAUUAUAAUCAACUUAAAGUAGUGAUAGUUACAAGAAUCGAUACCAAAGUGGGUGAUCCAAUUUUUUUGUCAUUUUCUUCCUAACAACUAAGGUUGACCAAAGUGGUCAAUAUCUAGUAUAUAAUCUGCCAAUAUAAGAGAACUUGAUCAAAAUCAAACGAGGCUGCCCCUGUACCAAGCUCAUUCAUGGCCAAAUAUGAUAGAGGAGCUGAGCUUAAAGCUUUCCACGAAACUAAAGUUGGUGUCAAAGGACUUGUCGAUACUGGCAUCACUGAGAUUCCACGUAUUUUUCAUCAUCCUUGGUCUGAUGAUCAUUACACCAAGAACAGUAGUUCAGUUUCAGGAGAAACUACUGUACCAAUCAGUAUUCCAGUUAUAGACCUUGAAGGUCUUGACAAAAGCGAUGUUCGACGAAAGAAGAUUGUUGAGAAGAUAGGAAAAGCUUCAGAGAGUAGUGGCUUCUUCCAAAUUAUCAACCAUGGAAUCCCUGAAAGUGUUUUGGAGGAGAUGAAAGAAGGUGUUCGACGAUUUUUCGACCAAGAAACUGAGGUGAAGAAAGAGCUUUAUACUCGAGACUACUCGAAUCCACGAAAAUUAAAAAAAAAAUAAUAAUAAUAAUAAUAAUAAAAAAUACUUAAAAUGACUGAAAAAACCCUCACAAAAAUUCACAUAAAUGCAUAAUAAACAACUACUGAAUUAAAAUUUUCUUACAAAAAUGUUUACCAAAAUAAUAAUAAUAAUAAUAAUAAUAAUAAUAAAUAAAUAAAAAAGACAGAAAUUCCGUCACAAAAAUGCCCAUAUAGAAUAAAUAAACUUAUACAAAAAAUAUGGGAUAUAGAAGCAAUAUUUUGAUAAAUAUGGGAAAACAAAACCCAUAAAAAAGGAAAAUAACAAAAAAAGCCAUAAAAAAUGCACACAAAAAAAAAAAGCCAUAUAUAUCAAAUUUUAUUGAAUUUUCCAUAUUUCAUGUAAAUUCCUCUAAAUUAUAAGCAACUUUCCAUGUGAUUGGGGAUGUAUGGCUGCAUCUAAUAUUAAAAAAUGUACCAUAUAAAUAUAAACAAAUAUAAAGAGAAUGUGCCCUUUUUCUUUUAAGGAGAAAAUAGAAAUUCAUUAAUUGGUUAAAAUACAUAAAAUUUAAUACACGAAAAAAAAUAUUAUAGAGCUAAUACAAGUCUCAUAGAUGACCAAGAUGACUAACCAAGAGGUUUACCCAAGAAAACAAGUUAGUCAUAAUCCCCACAAACAGACAAAAAUUUUCAGCAAGCCCACUUUUCUUAGAUAAGACAAUUCGGUGGAUCAACGAACUCGUCCAUUCUAGUCCAAAAACCUCAAAAAAUCUAAAAGCAAGCAUAAAUACCGAGAGCAAAACUAUAACAUAAGGCCAAAAUACUAUCAUCACCAAGAACGAUAGUGCAAACCACCAUUAUUAACUAAAACAAACUAACAAUAAGAAUAUAAAACAACAAUAAACAACAAAAAUUAGUAAAAUUUGUAAGUUGAUCACUUGAAAAAUCAGCAGAGCGAGCAACCACCCAAGGUGUAGAUAAUUCAAGAAACAUUACUUAGCCACCUUCCUCCUAGACACCACUAUUGAUGGAACAACUCAUAGGCAGACUUGAAAGCCCUAAUACCUACGACCAAAAGCAAAACAACUUGAGUCACAAGGACAAGGAAGGCCAAUCAUAAGCUCAUCGAGAACUGCAGGUGGCCACCGAAAACCAAAUCCCUUGGCUAAUAAAAGAAAAAUAAGUCCAAACACUUACUCUAUCACCCACACCACCAAAGUAGUAAUAGCCCAAACUAUUGAGACCAGCACACUCAAGCCACUAGAAACGCAAACCAUAAAGCCUCUCGGCCAGAGAGCUCCAUCGACAUGUGGUCUCUCAUCGGGGACGCUCUAGGCCAGAGGAAGGAAGUCUAUAGGCUUUGUGUGUGUGUGUGCGCAAAG